AGCCCGCCGGCGUGCCGCGCCGCGACGGCGCAGCGCCCUCCGCCCCCGCGGCGCUCGGGCCGCGGCGGCAGCGAGGCCAUGGGGGAGGGCGGCGAUUGGGGUGACAGCGACUGGAACAACAAGCUUGUGCCUGUCAACUGGGCCGAGAGGAACCUCCAGGACUUCAAGUGCGCCUUCCUGGAUCUGCCAGACAAGGAGGACCCCGAGGCCGAGCAGCGGCGGGCGGAGCUCGCGGUCCAGGUGCACGAGCACGGCAACCUCCGCGCUGUGCCGUCGCCAGCGGGGAGCUUCAAGGACCUGUGCAUCCCUGAGUACGCCCUGAAGGGACUGAAGGAGCACAGCGGCCGCCUCGAGGAGGCCAAGCUCGACGUGGUCACCGUCGACGGCAUAGUUGUGUGUGGAAUGGGCCAGGGGCUCGAGCUCAUCCCCAUGGUCUUUGAGGCCGCGGGGCGGCCCUCCGAGGAAGCGGCGGCAUUUGUGCGCAGCUAUGGCGCCGACCUCGAGGAGGACGAGCGGAGCGAGCUCUUGGGCGACCUCUGGCGGGAAAUCUCGAUGACGGCCUUGCAGACGGGCAGCGCCGAGGUGGUCCUGAGCGCUCUCGGCCAGCAGCCCGCUGCGACUGCCGCCGUGCCUCGGCGGGCUUGCCAGCGGCCUUGGGCGCCCCGGGCGCACCAGGGUCUUGGCAGGACUGGGAGCUCGCCUCUCGGCCGUCGCUGCAGCUCCGGGCUGCGGGACGUCGUGUGCCUGGCGCUGCUAGGCGGCGCCGUGGCGCCGCACGACACGCAGCGCGCGUGCCUACUGGCGGCUUGCUGCGGCGGCAUCGGAGGCAUUGGCAUGGGCCGCCUGAGGCCCGCGGCUGGAGCUUCCGGUAGGGCAGUGUGCGCGCUGUUCGUGGGCCAUCGCGAUGCGCUGCCGCGCAGCUUCCAUGGAGACAGCGCGCGGAGUGCGCGAGUGCUGGAGUGCUUUCUUCCCUUCGCAGCGGGCAGGCAGGUGCACAUGCUGAGCGCUGAGCCGCCACGCGAUGCGCCGGCGAUGACGGAGCCCAGCGCCGGGGCGGACUGCUCCUUCAUGACGGCGGAGCAGCUGGCCCAGAUGUGCAGGCGGCUGGCCACGAGCAGGCAGUGGAUGGAGCUGCUCCUGAAGCAGCUGUCGCUGGAGCAGGAGAAACUGCUGAAGUACAGGGGCGCCCUGAAGAGCCGGAUCGCGCACGUGCGGGCAGCCGUGGGGCCCGACGUGGGCGGCGACCCGCUGGGCCCCGCGCUGGCGGGCGACGAGGCGGCGGGCGGCGUGGUGCCCGGCGCCUGCGGUGCCGAUGGGCCUGCAGGCGGCGAGGAGGAGGCCGCCGAGGGGCAGAGCCCUGUCCCAGCCCUGAGCAUGCCCGAGGAGGUCAUGGCCCAGGUCGAGGACGAGGGGACGGGCAUCCGCGUCACCUGGUUCUACGACGAGCUGCUCCUCGAGCAGCUCGCCGACCCCGCCUCGCCGCUGGUCGACCUGCACUUCGAGGUGCGGCAGCAGUCCGAGGGCGCCAACGGCCGCCUGCGCACGCGCACGCACGCCUGCCCCUGCAGGGCCUCGGGCGUGGGCCACGAGGUGGGCGAGCAGAGCGCCGUG